AAGCAUAUCAGCCUAAAACAAGAAUUUGUAGUUAAGAUGGGAAGCAAAGCAAAAGCAAUGGGGUCUGGGCUGACUCCUCUUCUUGCCACUGUUUUAGUGGUGUUUGUUGCUCUUGGCUUGCCCUCACAAACUGCAGCUGAUGAUCACUACAAGUAUUCAUCUCCUCCUCCUCCUUACCACUAUCCCUCACCACCACCACCAGUGCAUAUACCUCCACCUCAUCCUGUUUACAAGUACAAAUCUCCACCACACCCCCAGUACAAGUAUAAGUCACCACCACCACCUCCUCAUCCGGUAUACAGUCUCCUCCGCCACCACACACCCAGUUUACAAGUACAAGUCACCACCACCACCUCCUCAUCCGGUACCACACCCAGUUUACAAGUAUAAGUCUCCUCCGCCACCAGUUUACAAAUACAAGUCUCCUCCACCACCACCUCCAGUGUACAAAUACAAGUCUCCACCACCACCAGUUUACCACUACAAGUCUCCACCACAGUUUACAAAUACAAGUCUCCACCACCACCCCCAGUUUACAAAUACAAGUCUCCACCACCACCAGUUUACCACUACAAGUCACCACCACCUCCUCCCCCAGUUUACAAAUACAAGUCUCCACCACCUCCUCACCACUACUAAGCAAUUGCUUCUGAGGCAAAGGAGAAGGAAACCAGUGUUUGAGACCUUCUUGAAGAUGUAGAAGCAUAAGAAUUAAAGCCCAAUGUGAAGAUGAUGAUUUCAAGUUUUUCUACGUUACCAUUUCUUUAUCUAAAUUGGUUGUAGCGCCUUAGUUCCUUUGUUUAUGGGAUUUGUAUCGUUUUACGUACCAUGCAGUACAUGUCAUGUUUGUAAGGUUUUCUAUCCUGCCGGCAAACCGCAGGUUCCAUGUAAUAAAUCAAUACUAUUUAUAUUACGACACUUUUCUCUGUUUCUCUUA